CGUGACCCGGAAGUACUUCAUUAAUGUUGCUGACGAGACGCAGGUGGAUGAUUGAUUCUGCUUGCGCUCUCACUGGAUCUCAUCAACCAAACAAGUAGCCAAAUGAAAUCAGUAUCAAGUAGCCUACUGCUAACAUUUUAAAUGUGAGCUUGUAAAUUUGGUCUGUAAACUAACGCAUUCCAUGAAUCGUUAGUGGUUGCCGCGGCCUGGCUUUGUUGUUAUCCAAACUAGCUAGAACAACACUCCAAUCCAACCCGUUUGUGUAGCUAGCUAACUAGAUUCAGUCAGAGUUGAAGUGUGUAUUUUAUUUUAUAUUUAGUCAUCUAUCAUUGCAUUGUGAGUAAAAUAUCUAGCGAGGAAUAAGCUAGCUGGCGACUAGCUAGGUAGUUAGCUAGAUAAAUUAUCUUGACCACAACCGUUGCUAAACUAAUUGGCUACCGGUUUGUGUUAAUCCCUGUUGAACGGGAUCCACCUCUAGCCGACCAUGUCUGAGCCGGGAUCUGGCUUUGGUGAUCCGGCCCAGAGAAGCUCCCAACAGGGUCCAGAGGUGGUGUCAGUGAAGCUGGAGGACUGCAGUCAAACACUGGAACUCAAUGUGAUUGUGAAAGAGGAGGAGGAGAGAGAAAUCAAGGAGGAAGAAACCAGUGACUCCGGAAAGAGCUCCAACCCAGACUCAGACAGCAAGCCCAGUCCCACAGCAUCAGGAAACCGCAGACAGAAGCCCCAACCCUGCUGUAGCGACAGUUUUAUUUAUCCAACUCGCCACAAAUCACUCAAACAGACUCCCAAAAUAAAGAAGACUUACCUUUGCCGUCAAUGUGGGAAGAGUUUUCAGACACCAAGCAAGCUAAAGGCUCACCAGAGAAUGCACAUUGGAGAGAAUCCUUACCCCUGCUCCCAGUGUGAGAAGAGCUUCAAUCAUUCAGGAAGACUUAAGGACCAUCAAAGAGUACAUACUGGGGAGAAGCCUUACCACUGCUCUCUUUGUGGGAAGAGUUUCAGUCAGUUAGGAAACCUGAAGACUCAUCAGAAAAAUCACAAGCCUUACCACUGCUCACAAUGUGGGAAGAGUUUCAGUGAGAAAGUAAAACUUACGGGACAUGAGAGAGUACAUAGUGGAGAGAAGCCUUACCACUGUACCCAAUGUGGGAAAAGCUUCAAUUAUUAUUCAGUACUUAAGGAACAUCAAAGAGUACAUACAGGGGAGAAGCCUUACCACUGCACACUUUGUGGGAAGAGUUUCAGUUGGGCAACAAACAUAAGGAAUCAUCAGUUAAGACACAUUGGAGAGAAAUCUACAUGUACUCCGAAUGUGAUUGUCAAAGAGGAGGAGGGCGAACAGAGACACAUUAAGGCAGAAGAGCGAGAAGUUGAGGUAGAGGAGAGAGAGGUGAAGGAGCUAACUCCAUAGGAAUUGCAUUGCACGGGGGGGGGGGGGGGACGACAAUGGAUGGGGGCGGAACACGAAGUGCAGCUGGAUAUAUACGACACAGUCCCUUUCAAAAACAAAACAUAUUUGGUUGGUAGAGACAAUUAAUUAUUUUCAACCUACUUUAACUGAGGAGACAGGUCCCACAGACAGGGUCUACAGACAGGUAGCCCAAUAUUUUCAACAUUGUAUUUUUCAAUAUUGGUCCUAAAAAGUUGUCUUUGAAGCAAUGUUUUUUUCUCCAUAAGUAACUUAUUGCAUUUUCUUAUUAGCACAAUAAAGGUGGCCAUUGAUUAAAAUUGAAUAUUUUGAAUCAGUUAUUGAUGUUGAAAUGCAGGCUUUUAUGUUGAAGUUUUUUUUAUAUAGACAUUUUUUAUUUUCUUUUUUUGUGAAAUAAGGUGUCAAGAAUGUGUAUUUUAAUUGACCUGCCUGAUAAAGUUAAGGUAAAUAAACUCAUUAUAUGAGAGUGAUGUCAGUGUUUGUGCU